CACGCCCCUCUCGUCUUGUGACCGGCAGACUUCACAGCCAAUCACAGGGUACCAUCUGGAAACAUGGCGUCUGGCUUUCUGUGGAGAUGCGCGGUGCUUGUGCUCUGCACACACAUGCUUUGUGCUGUAGAGACCGAGACUAAAGCAAAGGCCAAGAAAAAGAAGGACAUCCGAGACUACAACGAUGCUGACAUGGCACGGCUCCUGGAACAGUGGGAGGCAGACGAUGACAUCGAGGAAGGUGACCUUCCAGAGCACAAAAGGUCUCCUCCUCCCAUCGACUUCUCUAAGGUGAACCCCUCCAAACCAGAGGAGCUGCUUAAGAUGUCCAAAAAAGGUCGGACUCUGAUGGUUUUUGCCACAGUUUCAGGAGAUCCUACAGAGAAAGAGACAGAGGAGAUCACAGGCCUGUGGCAGGGCAGCCUUUUCAAUGCCAACUUUGAUAUUCAGAGGUUCGUGGUGGGUUCCAACAGGGUGAUCUUCAUGCUGCGAGAUGGUAGUUUUGCCUGGGAGGUGAAAGACUUCCUUGUGGCUCAAGAGCGCUGCGUAGAUGUUACUGUAGAGGGACAGGUGUUUCCAGGGAAGGCUGCCAACAAGGAUGAUGCCAAAUACAAGCAGCAGAAUGAGGUCAACACUAAGAGAAAGAGCAAGAAGAAAACGGAGAGCAAGAAGCCUGAUUUGGAGGGAAACCGUGCAAACUCUCUGAAACAGGAGCUCUGAUGAGUUUGUGAGUUAGUAAUUAACCUUGUGGUCUCAUAAAUGAUGCUUCCCACAUCCACUCUGUGAGCAGUGAACUGGUGAGGGCCCACUGGACCACCUGGAGAUGUGGAGGGAUGAGUGAACUAAUGAAUUCUGAUGGGUAACGUCACCUUCACUGCUCAGCUGGAAUCGUCACUCUUUCAGAUCAUUUUCAAUGGAAGCCAUAUUGAUUUCUGUUAAGUCAUCACCAGAUCAAAAGGAGCACAUGCAUUUAUUGUUAACAAGGUACUCCACAUGAGCACUGUCAAACAUUUAAUCCUUUGUAUCCAUGAUUGGUUGUGGAAUAAUUUUUGUGUGGUGCAGGCAUGGAGGCACAGAUCUCACCGUCCUGUCCUCGUGUGUUUGUAGCAUCCACAUUUUCUAUUUGAUUUGAUGAGAAAAUAAACUUUUGAUAUCUUUGA